AAAGCGAGGAGCAUAAGGUCCAGUAAAUAAACAACUCAGAGCGAAGCCAGGCGUCGAUCAGAUAUCGUCUGACUCACUACAAGUCGACUGUAGUUUGUGGUCAAAAACAGGGACACAGCUGCUUGACCUGCUUUCCGCCAUUUUCUGAUAAUUGUCCUGGGACUGAUAAUGCAGUGCUUUGAGUUUUAGUUGUCUUCUUGUAAUCUCUCGACUCCAGCUCAUUGUUACAACUGCCUGACGCCGGACAGGGGCUGAGGACCUGACGUGGCCAGAGCUGUCUCUCUAAAACAAAACAAAAUAACUUCACACGCGGGUCUGAAAAUGACGGCCACCAAUCUCUCUGCGGUUCUCUUCAAGAAAGGAGACAUGCGUUUGGUGGAACGACCAAUACCUGAACCAAAAGCUGGAGAGGUCUUGCUUAGCAUGCGCAAGAUAGGCAUCUGCGGAUCUGAUGUGAAGUACCUGUACGAAGGUGCCAUUGGCUCCUUCAUCGUCCGGGAACCGAUGUUGCUGGGUCACGAGUGCAGCGGGGUCGUCGUUAAGCUGGGGGAGGGGGUCACCAAUCUGAAAGUGGGUGAUCGGGUUGCCAUAGAGCCAGGAGUUCCAUGUCGACGGUGUGAGCUGUGUAAAGGAGGGCGCUACAACCUGUGUCCCGAUGUCUUCUUUCUGGCCACCCCUCCCGACAGCGGGGCGCUCGCUCGUUACCAUGUCCACGCCGCCGACUUCUGCUUCAAGUUGCCUGACAAUGUCAGCUUCGAGGAAGGGGCACUGAUCGAGCCGCUGUCCGUAGGACUUCACGCAUGCGCACGCGCGAAUGUUGGCCUCGGAAAACGUGUGCUGGUCUGUGGCUCAGGGCCUAUUGGCCUCAGUGCCGUGUUGUCUGCCAAAGCCAUGGGUGCCGCAGAGAUCAUCGUGACAGAUAUCGACGACGGUCGCCUGGAGUUUGCCCGCAAAAUGGGAGCGACUAAAACCCUCAAAGUCACCUCCUCCGACCCUAUAGUUGUGGCUCAGCAGGUGCGCGAUACCCUGGGUGGCAUGCCGGACUGUGCCGUGGAGGCCAGCGGCGCCCAGUUCUCGGUCCAGAUGGGCAUUCGGGCCUUGAAGCCAGGAAGUGCUUUUGCAGUUGUGGGCCAUGGGCCUAACGACAUCGAAAUCCCCAUCGUCCAGGCCAUCGCUCGAGAAAUUGAUGUUCGUGGCAGCUUCAGAUACAUGAACACAUGGCCAACUGCAGUGGCCAUGUUAGCUUCUGGCAAAAUUGAUGUGAAGCCUAUGAUAACACACAACUUCACACUGGAGGAAACCCUCAAGGCUUUUGAGAUGGCCAAGUCAGGGGCAGGGGUCAAAGUCAUCAUUGAUUGUGAGAAGAAAGAGUGAACGAAGGGCAGCUGCAUUCCUGCUUAUGUAGUGGAACAGUCUGGUGGUUUUCAUUAUUUCUUACACGAUUCAUUUGUUGCAGAAAUACCGAGUUAUCCCCAAAAGUACAGAUGAUUUAGAAUUUGUCAAAAUAAAAAAUACAUCAAUGUC